ACAGCUCUCUCUGGGAAUUCCAUAGAUUCCUGACUUGGGUUUUCCUCUCUCUCUCUCUCUCUCUCUCUCUCUCUCUCUCUCGUUCUCAUUCUUCUACCAUUUACUUCUAAUUCUGCUCUUCUUUUUAUUCAUUUCUUGGGCUCUAUCUCUCUGUUUGAGUAGCAAAGUUUGGAUUUUCAUGGGUUUUCUUCUUUCAAUUUCUUCACUCUUCUGGGGAAUUUGAUUUUUAAUGGGGUUUUAGUUACUGGGUGUCUUUCCUUUUGGUCUUUUACUUCUUCUUCUUCUUUUAAUUUAAAAAGAAUUGAACUCUGUUUCUCUGUUCUUCUCCUCUGUUUCUCGGGUUUCUUCAUCUGUAGAAUUGGAAUUUACGUCUGGGUUUUUAUUUUCUGGGAUUUUCUCUUUCUUUGGUUUUUUUCUUUUUUCUUUUUUCUUUUUAUUAGAGAAGUUGGUUGUUUCUGGUAUUUUCCUUGUUGUGAAUCUCUCUCUGGGAUUUCACCUGUUUUUUCCUUUGUUCCUUCUGUUAAUCUAAUAAUCUUUGUGGUUUUUCUGUUUCUUGAAUUUUUUAAAGUUUUCCGGUAUUUUCGUUGUUGGGUUUGCUAUUUCUGCCAUUUUCUUAGUCUUUUCUUUUGAAUUCUGUUUUUCCUUUUUAUAUCUUCCCUUUAUAAAUAUAAGUUUCUUGAGUUUUUGUUUCCAUGGGACUCUGUCAUGGAAAGAACAUCAAAAAAUCCCAAGCAGAAAACCCUCUACCUCCUGGAAAUACUGAUGGCCCGCCAUCGAAUCCUGAAACUGCCAAAACUCCUUCCUUCCCUUUCUACAGCCCCAGCCCCCUCCCUUUCAAGAACUCGCCAGCGAAUUCGAGCAGGACUUCCACCCCUUUUCGCAUCUUGAAGCGCCCAUUCCCUCCUCCAUCACCCGCAAAGCACAUCCGGGCACUGCUCGCCCGCAGGCAUGGCUCCGUGAAGCCGAACGAGGCCUCCAUUCCUGAAGAGAAUGAAUUGGGAUUGGAUAAGAAUUUCGGGUACCCGAAGCAGUUCUUCACUAAGUAUGAGCUCGGGGAAGAGGUCGGGCGUGGGCAUUUUGGGUUUACUUGCUCAGCGAAGGCGAAGAAGGGAGAAUUGAAAGGGCAGGAGGUGGCAGUGAAAGUCAUUCCAAAAUCAAAGAUGACAACGGCCAUUGCAAUUGAGGAUGUGAGGAGAGAAGUGAAAAUAUUGAGUGCUCUGACGGGUCAUAAGAAUCUAGUGCAAUUCUACGAUGCCCAAGAAGAUGAAGACAAUGUGUAUAUAGUGAUGGAGUUAUGCAAGGGUGGUGAACUUUUAGAUCGAAUACUUUCAAGGGGUGGAAAAUACUCAGAGGAAGAUGCAAAGGUUGUCAUGAUCCAGAUUCUAAGUGUUGUAUCCUUCUGUCAUCUGCAAGGAGUAGUUCACCGAGACCUUAAACCAGAGAAUUUUCUUUUCAGUUCUAAGGAUGAGAAAUCUACCUUGAAGGCCAUAGAUUUCGGUUUGUCUGAUUAUGUAAAGCCAGAUGAAAGGUUGAAUGACAUUGUUGGGAGUGCAUAUUAUGUGGCUCCAGAAGUUCUGCAUAGAGCUUACGGAACUGAAGCCGACAUGUGGAGUAUUGGUGUAAUUGCAUAUAUUCUUCUUUGCGGGAGCCGUCCUUUUUGGGCCCGGACCGAAUCGGGCAUUUUCCGAGCUGUCCUAAAGGCAGAUCCAAGCUUUGAAGAUGCACCUUGGCCUUCGUUGUCUCCCGAGGCCAGAGACUUCGUCAAGAGAUUGUUGAAUAAGGACUACCGUAAAAGAAUGACCGCUUCUCAAGCUCUUUGUCAUCCUUGGAUACGUGAUUGUGAAGAUGUCAAGAUUCCUUUGGAUAUUCUGGUGUACAAACUCACAAAAGCUUACAUAUGCUCGUCAUCUCUGCGGAAGGCAGCUUUGGGGGCCCUUGCAAAGACAUUGACAGUGUCUCAGCUCUUCUAUCUGCGGGAGCAAUUUACGUUAUUAGGGCCAAACAAAAACGGCUGCAUCUCUAUGCAGAAUUUCAAGACGGCCUUAGUGAAAAAUUCGACGGAUGCUGUGAAGGACUCAAGGGUUGUUGAUUACGUUAGCAUGGUGAGUUCUCUUCAAUAUAGAAAAUUAGAUUUCGAAGAGUUUUCUGUUGCUGCCAUAAGCGUGCAUCAGAUGGAAGGACUGGAUACUUGGGAGCAACAUGCCCGUCGUGCAUAUGAACUCUUUGAGAAGGAUGGGAAUAGGCCAAUUGUGAUUGAGGAGCUUGCUUCGGAACUCGGGCUUGGCCCAUCUGUCCCCGUUCAUGUCGUUCUCCAAGACUGGAUAAGACAUUCGGACGGGAAGCUUAGUUUCUUGGGAUUUGUAAGACUUUUGCACGGGAUAUCUUCACGGUCGAUGCCAAAGGCUUAAACUAAAAAAGAAGAAAAUAACGCUUGUAAUUCAUCUCGUUGCUCUCUUCGAGUGGGAAUUUCAAGGGACGAUCCUACACACUUGUUUUGGGCAAGUGGGCGCCUCGAAGCCAGGAAUAGUUGAAGCAGGGUCCGCCCCUGCCAAGCAAGACCAAAUGCCAUGCAGGGCGUUUUUCGCAUGUGCGGUACGUAUUUUUCUUUCUUCUUUUUUUGUGUGUGUGUAUUGAAGUUGUACAGAUGAGGAUAGAUGCUGUAGUGGUAGGAGAAAGGUUAGAGGAUGUGAGUUUUGUGUUUGUGGGUUUAUAUCCCCUUGUGUAGAAGAACCCAUUUCACUCUCUUCCCAAUAAAAAUCUCUUCUUUUA